GAGAGUGUGUUUAUAAGAGGGCCCCUUAGAUAGGCUGUAAGUAGACAGUCGGAAGGGCUAACAUCGCCAUACGAUACAUAGACCAGCCGCGCGUGCAUCGCACUCUCACACGGGAUAUUUUAUACUCCAAAAUCUCGAAACGAACCUACGCCAUGAUUAUUCCACGAUAUCAUCAACACAGAUGUACUUAAUCCAUGUAAAGUUUAUAGAAAUCAGAAUAUAACCAGCAAAUUAUAUUGUGAUAACUAAAUAAUUCCAUUUUUGUUAUCUCUAACAGAUAACAUGACUGUUGAAAGAAAUUGUGAAAAAUUGUCUAAAAAAAGUGUUAGAAGUCAAAAAAGUUACACGCGUUCUCAUCAUAGACAUAUGUUGUCUGAGGAAUCUAUGACGGAUUCUUCCGGACACUUGCAGCCGGGGUAUCCUUCCGGCGGUCAUCUGGGCAGCCAAUCAUCCGGGUUACAACCAGGAUGCCAUUCCUCAAGCCACUUGUUGCCAGGAAACCAUGUGUCACACAAUCGCGCGGGAUCUUUCAAGGUCGCCGGCGAGUUACGGUCACGUCAAACUGCGCCGGACACUCAUCUGGCAAAGGAUGACAGUAGUCGACGUGGAAGUGUAACUUCAGGAGCCCAGCCUAGUUACCUAUCUGUGUCUUUUGACGAUGUUCGUGAUGGCCGAGAAAACAAGGACGCUUCUAUCAGGCGAGUAAGGUCUUUCAAGACAACCUCCAAAGGCGUAGUCAACAGAGGUGAUUCCUUCAGGAAAAAAGGAGGCCGUAACUCUGGUAGUACCAACAUCACACACUCACGUGACAAUGUCGGACAUGGCGGUGGAAGCACGCGACCUUUCCCGCUCAUGACACCCCGUGUGGCCACACAGACGUCAAUCUCCGGCAACGCCUCUUAUUUCAAGGUGCUUGUCCUUGGAGCCACGGGGGUCGGCAAAUCUUCAAUCACACAACAGUUUAUGACGUCAGAAUAUGUGGCUUUCGACAAUUCAAUUGACAGAGACGAGGAGGAAAACACGGUAUCUGUUCUGCUCAAUGGCGAGGAAUCCACGUUAGAGUGUACGGAUGGUUUGGACCCGGAAUAUGAUCUAGAAGACUUCCGAGUGGAUGCCUAUAUUGUGGUUUUCUCCAUUGCCCAUCGGGACACCUUUGACGCAGCCACCGAUAUAUUGAACGAGUUGCUGUACGACAUCGGUACAGACAGAACAAUAAUAUUGGUUGGAAAUAAGGCUGACCUUGUCAGAAAACGAAAAGUCUCGACAGAAGAGGCCCUUUCUAUUGCCUUACAAUACGACGCCAAAUACACAGAGACUUCGGCAGCGCUGAACCACCACGUAGACGAACUGUUGGUAGGAAUGCUUAGUCAGAUAAGAUUUAAAUUGAACCCAACACUUCCAGAACCUGUUUUAGCCGUAGAGUCGAAGAAAUCCAGUAUUUCCAGAAUGUCAUUUAAGGGACCAUUUGAUCUUUUGAGUCGACUGUUUGGACGAGGAAGCCGAAAGGCUGGGAAGCGAAGUUACAACAAAACAUCUCAGCGCUGAAACAUCACACACAUGACAUGAAUUCGACUGUAUGGGUUGUGUAUGGUCGUGGCUGUAAUGGAUGGUACUGGUGUUGUUUUGACGAACAGUUUGAAAGUCGAGAUGGCACCAUACAAUGUAGAUUCAGCUGUAUAUAGUGCUUUUCGUGAACGUUUAAUAUUUACUAUUUGCAUUAUGAACAUGAUUUAUACUACAAUGCUCGAAUUUAUAUAGAACACCCCAACAAUUGGGGGAGUGUGCGAAUCGGAACAAAACUUGCUAGAGGAACAUGGCGCUUUACCUAUCUCAUGUACCUCUCGAUCUAUAAAGGUAUAAAAAAGACUUUUCUGUAUCAUUUUGGCACAUACUGCACAUUGUAUGUUUAUCGCUAUACCAUUAAUAUGUGCAGACUACUGUAAAUAAAAAAGUAAACUUGAUAAGUGGAUUCGAGAACGUGAGUUUUUGUUAUGUUAUAGCUAUGCACUUUAUGAGAAAUUCGAAGAGACUUCAAAGAAUGUCAGAAGAUGAUAAACAGAAAUUCGAAUAGAUAUUGGGAUGUGCGGUUGUUGUUAUAGACAUAGAUUCGUUUUUUAACAUAUUUAUUUUCUUUUAACUGUUUCCAGACAUGACCCCAGUAAUCAAUUAAAAUAUCCAUUGAUAUCUCUUGGCACUAAAAGGUUUGUGGUAUCUAGCUGUGGUAAACAUCUUCUCCGCCUUCUUUAAUGAAGAGAUCCACAGUAAAGGACAUCUUCAUUAAGAACAUUUUCAUGAGCGGUCGAUGUUGGAUUUAAUAGAAAUCUUGUAUGAUUAAAAUUUGUAAGCUAAAGGGAGAUUAUCAUCUCUCAGUGUACAAUGCAACGUACAAGAUAAAGACGAAAUGUGCAUACUGAAGAUGAUACGGAUUAUGAAGUACAGUCAGUAUAAUUUAUGUACUAAUAUUUUAACGCAUUUUUAAAUUAAAACAUUUUUUUCUAUAUUUAGUUACUCUUAAAGCUUUACACUUUGCUUUUUAAAUCAACAGUUAUAUAGUGGAAUAACAUUGUGCAUUAAAGUCAAACUAAUUUUCUUUUCCAUGUUUUAAUAAGAAAGUUAAUCAGAUUUGGUUACACCCAUGUUCAUUAAUAUAAUUUAUAUACAUGUAAGACAUAUUGCUACUAUAACUAAAAAUAAUAGUAUGAUAUGUAAUUAAUACUGGUCGACUUCACCCACAACUAAUAUUAAUGUGGCUUAGCACACAAGGCCCACUUUGAGUGACAAAACAGCUGCACUCUAGGGACCAGUUGUAUACAUUACAUCAUACUCUCCAUUUUUAUGAGGCCAGUGUGGUAUAUGUAUUAGAAUACACUAUCUAUCCAGCAAUUAUCCCAUUUCAUUUUGACAUAAUUUGCAUAUGAUAACAUUUUUCUCCGCCCCCAAUAGUCCCUAAGAUUUAAGUGUUGUUUGACACAAAACAACUCGUUAACAUUUUGACGUUUCAUAUCUCAUUGUGAAGCACGACGUCAUUUGCUUAAACAUUUUAAAGUUUCAUUAUGUCACUAUCAUUUGUAUUCCAUAUACCAUUGGUCAAUAAACGCUAAUGUUACAUGUUGUUUAGGCCAAUCAAUUAAACUUGUAAACAAUUACAUGCAUGGUUAGUUUAGAAAAUUAGGUGUUGUAUAUUGACUGGAGAGAAAAUUGGAAUCGGUGGGACGAACGUUUUUAAAGUGAUCUUCUCGUUGAAUGUUACCAUUGAAAACUUGAACAUAUAACAAUAGCAUUAAAUUCAUAACUGUGGUGUAAUAGAUUCUUAAAAUCUGAGAAAUAUGUUGUUUAUGUAGAUCAUCGAUUGGUAAUUAAGAAUGAGACAGAACCAAUGAUUUCCAUAAUUGAACGGUAGGAGUUGUAAAUAUUUUUGUACGAAAACAAUAUCAUCAAUCCAAUGAAAUGUAUUUUUGCAUUCAUACAGGUGUAAUAUUUACAGGUAUUACACAUAAGUUUACGCUAACAACAUAUGGUGUAUUGUGUGCUCCAUUGUAUGUCUGUCUAUAUUUUAAUUUACAUGUAGAUAGUGACUUGCUGGUUCUUAUUUAACAUACAUACAUUUGUACUAUAGUACUGGUCAUUAUUGAACGAUAUUGGAAGUUGUAUAACUGUCACGGCGAUACAUUAUAUAAGUAAACAUUUGACAAAUGUACUUUAUAUACAAAGUGUAGAUGUAAUAAUUUCCGAUAUAUAUUGUAUAAAGUAUACUGAUGCGCUUUAGCAAAAAAGAGAUUUGGCUUAUACAAUGUGAUCUAUAUCUAAUAGAUACUCAUGUUUUGUAAGGCUUUUGUAGUUUUAGACACAGAUAAUCAUAUUUUGUAAGGCUUUUGUAGUUUUAGACACAGAUAAUAAUAUUUUGUAAGGCUUUUGUUCAAGGUUAUUCUUAGUUCAUGUUGGUAAUUGAAUCAUUAUUAUAUCAACGAAUCCAACAAGUUGAAUAGAAUAUGUAUUGGUAUUGUUUCAAAUAGGUUUCUUAAUACAUUUUCUUCAACAAGUAAUAUUUAUAAAUAUAAUUUUGUACGAUUUCCCUCCGCGGUAGUUAUACUUUGUCAAGUUGUCAAUCUUUGUUCCUAUUCGGUGAAUCUGACAUCUAAGACCUGUUUGUAUAUUUACUAUGUAUAUAUUGUAUUAUACUUGAUCUCAUUGGUAUCAGUACGGAGGCCGUGGAACCAGAGGUCGUUGGUUUGUGAUAUGUUUAUAUAAGUUGAUGUAUUCUAGAAAUUAAAUGUAUAGGUUAUAUUGAUGCAAA